AUGAGAGUAAUAUUUAGGAUAUUUAUUAAAAUACUUAGUUCUAAAUUAGCUUUAAGUUUGUUAAUUACUUUGUUUUUAAUAUUAAAAUUAAAUAUAUAUCUAUUUAAUAAAGCACCUGUUAUUAAUCUUACAAGUCCAGAUAAUAAAAGUAUUGGUGAAUACUUAUCUGAUUUCUAUAAAAGUAUUGAAGAUGCUUUCAAACCAAUAAAAUAUUUAUGGAAUAUGAGAAAUGGAACAUUAUCAAAAGAUAUGAAUAAAAAUUAUAAUGAAAUUACUUCAUUUAGUUAUUAUUAUUUUUGUCCCUACAAAUAUUAUAGUGAAAAUAUUACAACAGAUGAUCAAUGGAUUGUAAAUCCACCUUUUUAUAUUUUUUCAUCAUACUAUGAUGAUAGAGAUUCAGAUUAUUUUAUGAAAAAUCCAGUACUUCAAAUUAUUAGUAGUGGAUAUAAUAUGAGUUAUAUUAAUGAGAAUGAAUAUUUUUGUCAUUACUUUGAUUCUACUACAAAAAUAUAUCUAUAUUCAUCUCCUAUAAUGGUUAGAACAUUAUGGAAUAAAGCUUGGGAUCCUCGUGAAUCAUUUUAUACAUCUUUUUUACUUACAUGUCCUAUUAAAAGUAAUAAUAAUAAUGUACUUUUUAAUGUUGGAGGUUCUUAUUGUCCAGAUAAAAAGUUACCAUUAAAUUCUUUUGUUAUUCCUACAAAAAAUAAUGAUGAAAAUUCUGAUACUAGAAUAACAACAUGUGUUAAGGGAUUAGAUUUUAAUCAAGAUUUAUCAAUUAAACUUUUAGAAUGGAUAGAAUGGCAAAAAUAUUUUGGUAUUAAUCAUAUAACACUAUAUACUUAUACAAUUCAUGAAAAUAUGGAAAAAGUUUUAAAAUAUUAUUCUGAUAUUGGUUAUAUAACAGUUGUUCCAAUAACAUUACCCGGAAUUGAACCUAAUUAUCCAAAAGAAAGAAGUUUAUUUAUCAAAAGAAAUAAACAACAAAAAAGGAGAAAUGAAUUGAUACCAUAUAAUGAUUGUUUAUAUAGACAUAUCAAAGAUUCAAAAUAUAUUUUAGUUAUAGAUAUUGAUGAAAUAAUAGUACCAAUAGAAGAUAUAAAAUAUCAAGAAUUUUUAAAAUUAAUACCAGAUUAUAAAUAUUCAAGUAUUAUGGUACAAAAUGUCUUUAAAUUUUAUAAUGAUAAUGUGACAAUUGAUAAAAAUUUACCAUUAGCAAGUCAUAAUUUAAGAUGUAAAAAUUCUCAAGGUAAAGAAGCAUAUGCAAAAUCUUUUAUCAAUACAAAAUAUACUUCAAGUGUAUUUACACAUUUUGCUUUACAUAAACAAAUAAAUGGUACAAUGAAAUUUUACUUACCUAAAGAAGUUGGAAUUAAAUUACAUUUUAAGAAUAGAUGUCCAGAGGAAUCUAUGUAUGAAUGUGAUAAAUUAAUGAACUCAAUGAUUAAAGAUGAUCUUUUAAUUUCAAGAUCGAAAAUAAUAAAAAAAAAUAUUAUUGAUAUAGGAUUAUCAUUAAAAUUAAUAAAUUAA